AUGAUUGAUUCUAUUGUCAAUUUAGCAUCGCGUACUUCACUUCAUUUCGGACAACUUGUGUGGGCGAAAUUGGGAUCAGCUCCAUUUUGGCCUGCUGUUAUAUUUACUGAAGAAAAUCAAGAUUGGAUUUGCCAUAAAGGAAAAUCUGCUUAUGUACAUGUUUUCUUCUUUGGUGAAACUGCUGAACGAAAUUGGAUUCGAACAACACGUGUUUUACCAUUUAUUGGACCAGAAAAACUUACUAAACAACGAAGAAAAUGGCGUCGUAAAAUGAAAACUAAAUCACAAGAAGAACAAAGAUUAACAUUAAAAGACAGAUCAAAUUUAAAUAUUGCUAUUAAACAAACUGUUAAAUUAUCAAAAGUUUCCUUACAAAAACGUAUUACCAUUCUUAAAAAUGAAUGGUGGUAUUGGGAUGAUAUUAAUCAACCUGAAUCAAUUAGUGAAGUAUCUACAAAAGAAAUUGAUAUUGAAGAAGAUGAACAUGAACCAAUACUAAUUGACGAUCAAGAAAACGAUACUGAAGAAAUUUUACAAUUAUUGAAUACGAAUCCAGAUGAACUGGAUGAUAUAAUUUGUUUAUCAGAUACGUCUACAGAGAAUAAUGAAACACAAUCAUCUUUAAAACAUACGUCAUCUGUUUGUUUUCAUCCAUUAACACCAUAUGAAGAAGAAACAAUAAUUCGUGAAAUGAUUUCUUCAUUAGAUAAUUCAUUUUUAGCAUGUCGUUGUCUUGCUGAAAAAGAAUAUUUAUUUUGUAUUCAAAAAAAUUUUCCAUCAACAUCAAUUAUUUCAGAACAUUGGUUCUAUCUUUUUCUUUUUCGUCAUUGUGAACGAUUGGCUCGGAUGUUUCCGAAAUGGAUUAAUGAUAUGAAACUUUUAUUAGAACAAUCUCCAUUUCUUUCACCAAUACAUCAAACACAAAUACAAUCACUUAUUAUUUUGUUUAAACAAUACUGUAAUAAUUAUCAACAACAGUAA